UACAAGAUCUACAUGCAAUUUCUACGCAUGGUGCUUCUACGAAUUGUGGUACCGGUAUAUUAUGAUAAAUAUGCUAACAAAGUCAACAAACACUGCUGAUCAAAAUGACUAUGGUUAUCGAGUUCGACGAUCUGCCUCCUGAGCUAGUAAUAGCUAUUCUAUCGCGGCUCACUUAUCCUGAUCUUUGCAAUUGCUUGACGCUCAAUAAAAAGGUGCUCACAAUCAUCAAUGAGAACCUUCACUCGAUUCCUCGUAUGUGGAUCACCAACAUCUCGCUUGUGAGAGAAGAGAGGUCCUCCUUCAAACUGUCGGUCUCGCGAAAUUCAUUCAAGAGUCCUAAGAAAAAUUGGAUGUGCUCAUUGAAAGAAACAACGGAAAAUCCAGCGAAGAAGACUCGUUCGUCUUACGAUAUCACUGAUUUCUACAACAAUGAAGGAUUCUGCGGUCUGAAGUGGGAUAAAGCUAACAAGUCAACGGAGUUUGUGGUCCCAUCCAUACAAAACUCCUUACAAGAGCACCUCGGUUUUGUCUUGCGGAAGUCAAAUGUUUUGUGUCUCAAGUUGGUUGAUCUCAACGCUGAGGAUAUGGAAGUGGUUACUAGUGUUUUGCAUAGUUCCAAAGCACGAGUAAGCCAUAUGCAAUUGGUUCUGGAUAGAGUUAUGACUCCAGAAAUCGUGUCUAUCAUAGAUGCUACAGGCGCUGAAACGGUAGACGUGGUUAUGGCGGAAAAUGACUUUUUCAGCAAUUUACCUUUCAAGAGCCGAGUAUUCCGAAAGGCAUGGUCUGUGACGAUAAGAACAUCGAAGGAGGAUUCUUCGGACGUGUUUGAUAUCAGUGAUGACGAUCUCCUGUCAUUAGGCGCCGAUUCUAUAGAAUUUUUCGGACUGACUAAGAUCACCGUGCGUGGAGCUAGGAAGCUUAUUCAGGAAUGGCUGGCAGGCAAGAGAAAAAUAUCGUUAGUUUAUUUUCGGCAUCUAGAGGAAUUUGAUCCUACAGUGCUACUCCGAAAAAUUCCGCACAAGGGUAACGUCCCGCCGGUGGUCGUAACUCGUUCCGACGGGGAAGAGCUUCGUGUGGCGUGGGACGCGGUAAAAUUUCGCUGCUUUGCUGACGAAGCUGACGACGAGGGCGAUGAUGAGUUUCCUGAAGAUUUGUAACAAUGCUUCUUCUUAGCCUGUCCUUUCUCUUGUCACUGCAAGUGACAGUGCAUCAGUUAGUUCAUCUAGUCUGUCUAGGUUGUUAUGGUCCUCUAAGGCAUAUUCAUAUUUCUAAUCGAGCUUACACUUUUAAUUGAUUGCUAGUAAUAUUUGUACGUAUAGACUUGAAAGUAGUUUUCACAGCAGCGUAUGUCUGGAUCUAAUCGACCAUUUCACUACCACGGUUCUCCGCUCCAACGGUUAUUAGCUAAUCUUCUUUGGUUUUUUCACUAGUUGUCGAAAUGGGUUUCUAUAAUCUUUACGUAGUUUUCUCAAUAAAUGUUGC